ACGACAUAUAGCAACAUCGUAGACGUCUUCGUCGGUAUGAGUCAUCACUUAUUGUAUCAGUAUUGAGAAUGAAGAUUGUGAACCUCACUUAUACUGUGUUGUGAAAUGUGGUGUAACGUGUUUCCUUGCGGACUGUUUUAUUUAUUAAAAAAUAUUUGAUAGACAUAGGAAACAGCACUUCAUACAAAAUGGGUGAGCAGAGCAGAGCAGGGUUUGAAUAUCAAGAAGAGAGCCAGAGCGAGAAAUUAGCGAGGAAGUCCAAGGAAUCUCCUUUCAUGAUCAUUGGGCUAGCCGGGCUCGCCACGGCGUGUGGCCUCGGCGCGUACCAGUACAAGCGGCGCGGCGGCAUGAGCACCAGCGUGUUUCUGAUGCAGCUCCGAGUAGCGGCGCAGGGCUCCGUGGUGGCCGCGCUCACCGCCGGCAUCGCCUACAGUCUUUAUAACAACUAUGUCAACAAGCCCGCUAAAGUGGAGAAGAGUUAAGGGGACGUUGCUGAAGACUUGAUGUGCAGGAUGUGUGGGUUAGCUAGGAGUGAAGUGUGCUGUGGUGUUGAUGGUGAUAUGUGAUCGUUUAGUGUUGAGGCUGCAAAUCAGUGAUUAUUUAUUUAUUUUUAUUUAAUUUCUAUGUACCUAAUGGUGUUGUGCACCUGUUUUGACACUCAUGUUUUUAGAGAACAUGUAGGUGGUGUACAUUCAGUAUUCAAAAACAUAGCAAUGAAAUAAACCCAUGAAUUUUGUACCUACUGGCAUCUGGCAUGGCAUCUGCCUCAGUAGAAACAAAUCUAUUUAUCUCUAAUAAAUUUGAUUAUAAUAGAGAAGUUUGUGAAUAUACAAAAUAAUUAAGUA